GACACUCAUCAGUCAUCUUCUUCCCCGAGUCAUCUUCAUCUUCAUCUUCGUUCUCGUCGCCUCAGACUCUCGACGCUCUCUCCUCUCAGACCCUCUCAGAUCUCGUCUCAGACUCUCGUCUCAGAUCUCUAAAGGGUUUAGCUCUUACUUCUAUCUCGAAGGGUUUCAUCAUCACAGCUUCUCAGCUUUAAGAUCUUGAUAGGACUGUGGAAUUUCAUCAUCAUUCUGGCUUCUGACGUGUAAGUAACUGGUGUGUAUUAAACUUAUUUCAUUGUUGUAAUUGGCUUAAGCAUUACCCUAAGAUGAUAAGUUUUAUUUUAUUUGUCAAAACCCAUUACUAAUUUGAUAUGAUAUAGUUUGUUUAAGGAGAUGGAAAAUGCUGAUAUAUGUACUUAUAAUAGUUUGAUUCAUGUGUUGUGUUUAUCUGGGAGAGUGAGAGAUGCGUUGGCUGUGUGGGAGGAGCUUAAAGUCUCUGGUCACGAGCCUGAUAACGUGACGUAUCGUGUGUUGAUACAAGGGUGUUGUAAGUCUUGUAGGAUGGGUGAUGCGAUGAGGGUGUUUGGGGAGAUGGAGUAUGAUGGGUUUGUUGGUGAUACUGUUUUGUAUAACUCUGUUUUGGAUGGGUUGUUUAAGGCGAGGAGGGUUGGUGAAGGUUGUGAGUUGUUUGAGAAGAUGGUGAAGGAAGGGGUGAGAGCUUCUUGCUGGACGUAUAAUGUUUUGAUUGAUGGGUUGUUUAGGAACGGGAGGGGUGAAGCUGGGUUUACUCUGUUUUGUGAUUUGAAGAAGAAGAAGGGUCACUUUGUGGAUGGGGUUACUUUUAGUAUUGUUGUGUUGCAGCUUUGUAGGGAAGGGAAGGUGGAUGGGGCUGUGAAGUUGGUGGAGGAGAUGGAAGCUAGAGGGUUCUCUGUUGAUUUGGUUACGAUUAGUUCACUUAAUCCUCCUCUUAGGACAAUGAAUCAUUGAAUGAGUUUUGCUUAGUCUGAGUGUUUAAUUUCCUUAUUGGGGUCUGUUAGUACUUGUUUAGCCUCUUAAGAUAAUGAAUCAUUGAAUGAGUUUUGUGAUUUAUUCUAUUUAUGGCUUUGUUAACUUCAGGCUAUUGAGAGACAAAGAAGAAGAAGAGCUGAUACUCCACUCAGCGACAAGUCUUGAAGUUUAUAUUUGUGUUUAUGUUAAUUUUCUUGCUUUAUAUUUUGUGUUCUUAAGCUUUUACAAACUUGUUUUUACAGAUUAUGGAUUAAAGAUUAUGGAUUACAAAUCAAAAAAGUUAAACUUUUACUUUUUUUUCUUAUCUCAAUGUGUA